UCUCUCUCUUCCCCCAAAGUUAGUCUCCAUUCCCCUCCUCCUUCUCUCCUCUGCAUCCCUUCAACGUUCCUCUGCCCCUCCCUCCUUCCCUCCAUCUGGAACAACACAGGCCGAACAGUGUCAUGGGCUUUAUCUUGUGGUACACAGUCGUCCAGUGGCAGUAUGGAGGGAAGAAGUUGUUAGUUUAUCUCCUCACCCUCUUCUUCACCUCUAUUCUCUCCCUCUUCCAUAAAUCUUCCUUCCCUUUCCCUUCCUCCUCUUGCCUCCUUCCCGGCACUUCCCCCUUGCACCUCCACUGGCUGCUCCCCUCCCCCCCCUGAAACAGUAGCUCCUCCCUUCCACGCUGGCCCUGGCUCCUCCCUCAUGAGGAGGCACUCUGCCUGGAGGCACUCCGGCCUACAUCAGCGGCACCGCCAUCACCAGCACUCUAUUGUCAACUUUGACCUCGAAGUGACCUAAAGUGGUGCGUGUAGGGGGUUCCCGACGAGCCUAGCCAGGGUCAGGGACUUCACAGCAGUGACCUCAGUGACCCUGGGCAGUGUCUUAUGAACCUCCUGGGAACACAGGGUCAGACUGACGCUGAGGCAUACAAUAUACAACUGUCUACACCCUAUGUACACACUGUGUGCAGUGAACAUACACUCUAUGUGCACUAAAUACACACUGUGUACACACCAUAUAUACACACACACACACUGUUUAAUACAUGUCGUGAACUAUGAGCAAAAAAAUUCAGCUUCGUCCUUCACAAUGUUAUUUUUUUAACGAGGUUAUUUGUGAUUAGCGCCACUAACUGGUUAAAUUAUAUGGUGUUACAUAACGGUAACGACCCCAUCCCUCCGUAUGUAACGCUAGUAGUGUGUAACACUAGUGUCACGGCCACCAUGCGCGUGUAACACUAGUGUCACGGCCAUCGUGUGUAACACUAGUGUCACGGCCACCAUGUGCGUGUAACACUAGUGUCACGGCCAUCGUGUGUAACACUAGUGGCACGGCCACCAUGUGCGUGUAACACUAGUGUCACGGCCAUCGUGUGUAACACUAGUGGCAAGGCCACCUUGUGUGUGUAACAAUUGUGUCACGGCCACCGUGUAACACUAGUGUCACCUCCAUCGCGUGUAACACUAGUGUCACGGCCCCUUGUGUGUAACACUAUUGUCACGGCCGCCACGUAACACUGGCGUCACGGCCGCAGUGUAACACUAGUUUAACGGCCACUUUUUAUGUAACACUGGUGUAACGGAAUCCGUGUGUGUGUAACACUGGUGUCACGCCACCGUGUAACACUAGUGUCACGGCCACCGUGUGUAACACUAGUGUCACGGCCACCGUGUGUAACACUAGUGUCAAUGCCACCGUGUGUAACACUAGUGUCACGGCCACCGUGUGUAACACUAGUGUCAACGCCCCCGUGUGUAACACUAGUGUCACGGUCACUGUGUGUGAAAGUAACACUUGUGCCAGGGCCACCGUGUGUGUAACACUAUUGUCAGGGACACCGUGUGUGUAACACUAGUGUCACGGCCACCGUGUAACACUAUUGUCACAGCCACGGUUUGUGUAACGCCAGUGUCACGGCCACCGUGUGUGUAACGCUAGUGUCACGGCCACUGUGUGUGAAAGUAACACUUGUGUCACGGCCACUGUGUGUGUAACACUAGUGUCACGGCCACCGUGUGUGUAACACUAAUGUAACAGUCCCAGUGUGCAGGACAGUGACACUAUGUUAGAGAAGGACAGUGACACUAUGUUAGGGCAGGACAGUGACACUAUGUUAGGGCAGGACAGUGACACUAUUUUAGGGCAGGACAGUGACACUAUUAUGACAGGGCAAUGACACUAUGUUAGGGCAGGACAGUGGCACUAAGUUGGGCAGGACAGUGGCACUGCGUUAGGGCAGGACAGUGACACUGUUAGGGCAGGGCAGUGACACUAUGUUAGGGCUGGACAGUGAUACUAUGUUAGGGCAGGGCAGUGGCACUAUGUUAAGGCAGGACAGUGACACUAUGUUAAUGAAGGCCAGUGACACUGUUAGGGCAGAGCAGUGGCACUCUGUUAGGGACGGACAGUGGCACUGUGUCAGAGCAGGACAGUGACAUUAUGUUAAGGAAGGACAGUGACGUAAUGUUAGGGCAGGACAGUGGCACUAUGUUAGGGCAGGACAGUGACACUAUGUUAGGGCGGGACAGUGGAACUAUGUUAGGGCAGGACAGUGACACUAUGUUAGGGCGGGACAGUGGAACUAUGUUAGGGCAGGACAGUGACACUAUAUUAGGGCAGGACAGUGGCACUAUGUUAGGGCAGGACAGUGGCACUAUGUUAGGGCAGGACAGUGGCGGCGCUGUGUCAGGGUGGAAAGCACCUCACAACCAGCUGUAGACAUACCAACCACUGCAUUCGUGCUCUGCACUUGAUUUAUAUGCAUCAAAUUCUUCGUGUUUAGGGCCCAGAAGAUCUGAACCCAGACGACCAUAGCCAGCCAGGAAGCACCGGAUCAAGCCCAACUGAUGAUACUAACUUCGGAACACUUCCCUCUCGCCUUUUAUUAUUGAUAAAUAAUGAGAGGCAGGAAAUAAUGCCAGUGCAGUAAACUCAAGGAAUGUGAGAACUGACAGUUCAGAAAUGUGUUGGAGAAGAAAGUGGAAGAUUGUCCACGUGAACUAACUCGGGGUACAAGACAGGGAUGCGAGCUGGAAACUUAGACGUCAGACGAACACAGAAGACGUCGUCAGGCGAAUACAGGAGACGUCAGACGAACACAGGAGACGUCAGACGAACACAGGAGACGCCAGAGAAACACAGGAGACGUCAUAGAAACACAGGAGAGGUCAGACAAACACAGGAGACGUCAGAGAAACACAGAAGACGUCACAGAAACAUAGGAGUGGUCACACGAACGCAGGAGACGUCAGACGAACAAAGGAGACGUCUGAGAAACACAGGAGACGUAAGAGAAAUGCAAGACAUAUUAUUAAAUAUACACACCACAAGUCAACCAAGCAAUGGAUAUCAACCAGACUCGGUAGACACCAACCAGACGCAGUAGACACCAACCAGACGCAGCAGGCACCAACCAGACGCAGUAGACACCAACCAGACGCAGUAGACACCAACCAGACGCAGCAGGCACCAACCAGACGCAGUAGACACCAACCAGACGCAAUAGACACCAGCCAGAUACAGUAGACACCGACUAGAGGCAGUAGACACCAGCCAGAAGCAGUAGACAUCAGACAGACACAGUAGACACCAACUAGACGCAGUAGGCACCAGCCAGAAUCAGCAGACACCAACCAGACGUAGUAGACGCCAACCAGACACAGUAGACACCAACCAGACGCAGUAGACAUCAACCAGACACAGUAGACACCAACCAGACGCAGUAGACACCAACCAGACACAGUAGACAUCGAGCAGACAGCGGCUUGACAGCAGGAGAUAUUAAGCAGAAGGUGAUCAGCGUCUCUCAGCCGUGUAACCCUCAUCAUGGAAGACAAGAUGGUGGAAGGCAGCAGCGGUGGGGGGUUCCCUGACGCCCAUUUUCGUGGGCUGCGGGCUGGCGUGGGCGUGAACAUGGGCGGGUACUCCAUCAACGGCCUCUUGACGCCUGCUACCCAGCCUGAUCAAGGACCUGGCCUGCUACCCAACCUCACUCCUGUGAAGUACGGCUACCCUGAGUGUGGCAGAGGUAUGGCUGGCAGCACCAUGACCACACCAUCGGGCAUCUCAAUCACUCUGGGCACUCCCAUCCCAACCCACGCCCACCCUCACGCCCACCACCAUCACCACCCCCACCACCUCAACCCGCACGUUCACCAGCACCACGCCCCCGGCCCGUCUUUCUCAAUCGCGACGCCCAUGGUGACUACGCCCACCUCCGGCGGCAGUGCGGGUGGCACCUCGCCCACUCACACCUCCACGCCCAUCACCUUCACCACCCUCACCGCUGGCGCCCUCAAGAGGAAACAAAGACGAUAUAGAACCACCUUCACAAACUACCAGCUGGAGGAGCUGGAGCGAGCCUUCCACAGGACCCACUACCCAGACGUCUUCUUCAGGGAGGAACUCGCUCUGAGGAUAGACUUGACGGAGGCCAGGGUGCAGGUGUGGUUCCAGAACCGUCGAGCCAAGUGGAGGAAACAGGAAAAGUUGGCGGCCAAGAACCACGAAGCAGCGGCAGCGGCAGCAGCAGCGGCAGCGGCAGCAGCAGCAGCAGGAGGAAGUCAGCAGGUUAUGCAAGGCAUGGGCGUGCAGGGAGGAGGCGUGGUACAGCAGCUGCAGCAACAGCAGCAUCAGCAGCAGCAUCAGCAGCAGCAACAGCAACAAGUUCUUGCACUCUCUGCUGGUGUCAGUGGUCCUCACACCGGCCAGCUGGUGCUCACGUCUCUCACACCCAUCACAGGAGCAGCCACGCCCCCCGAAGUGACGUCGUCAUCGGUGACCACGCCCACUACUCCCCCGCCCACCAGCGCCCCAACACACCCGCCCACACAACACCUGUCCUUUGGGUCGUCGUCACCAGUGCCGUCACUGCCGUACCUGGGCAUGGAGUGGGCACUGCCCUUCACCUCGGCGCUCUCCACGCCCCCACCUCCCACCACGCCCACGCCGCACUCGCCACCAGCCUCCUCACCGCCUGCUCUGGCCAGCCCUUACUACCUGGGCGUGAGGGCGGCAGAUCUGGAGCCCCAGGAGGAUGAGAAGCCGCCUAUCAUAACUCAGUCAUUCCCGCCCACCUACUCCUCAGCCAGCCUCACCCUCACACCCACCACACUCUCCCUCACACCCACAACUCAUUCCCUCACACCCACCACACUCUCCCUCACGCCCACCUGUCUCUCCCUCACGCCCACUACUCUCUCCCUCACGCCCACCACCCUCUCCCUCACGCCCACCACCCUCUCCCUCACGCCCACCACCCUCUCCCUCACACCCACCACACUCUCCCUCACGCCCCACCACCCUCUCCCUCACGCCCGCAGGCUUAUCCCUUGCGUCCACGAGUCUCUCUCUCGCCCCUGGCUUGUCUCUAACGCCCACGCCCCUGUCUUUCACGCCCACACCUCUUCCUCUUACGCCCACAACCUUGUCUCUAGCACCAACUGCGGUGCCUCUCACGCCCACAACACUGUCUCUUACGCCAACAUCAUUGCCUCUCACGCCCACAACACUGUCUCUUACGCCAACAUCAUUGCCUCUCACGCCCACAACACUGUCUCUCACACCCACAACGCUGUCAGCGACGUCCACAAGUUUGUCGCAGCUGAGAAUGCGGGCGAGAGAACACAUUUCCUUCAUUAAUCUCAGUUCUGACUGAGGACGCCCACAUCUGAACACCACGCCCACGUCUGAGCACCACGCCUACGUCUGAACACCACGCCCACGUCUGAACACCACCCCGUCCCUCCCUGUACUCAGGUUGUAAAUGUUUUGGUUGAAUGUGGACAGCACACAGUACCUACUUGCACCGGGCAAUCCCGCCUAACAGUGUCCAUGCCUUCAUCUGCUACAUGUUCCUCAUCUGACGCAGGUAUAUAAGCACCAGUCUUCCUGCCUGUGCUUCAGAAUCUUCAAGACUACGGUGCUCAUCACACUCCCCAAGGCUGAGGGAUUAAUUACCUAGUGUUUCAUAUAUAGUUCUACUGUCUUCACACUGUGUCCUUGUAUUAUAGUAAUAACACUGGAUGGCGAAGCGUCUACAAAUUAAUGAUGCAGUGGAAGUCACUGAAAACUGCUUACACUGAUCCAUCCAGGCAGGCAUACUGGUCCAUCCAGGCAGGCAUACUGGUCCAUCCAGGCAGGCAUACUGGUCCAUCCAGACAGGCAUACUGGUCCAUCCAGGCAGGCAUACUAGUCCAUCCAGGCAGGCAUACUGGUCCCUCCAGCCAGGCAUACUUGUCCAUCCAGGCAGGCAUACUAGUCCAUCCAGGCAGGCAUACUGGUCCAUCCAGGCAGGCAUACUGGUCCAUCCAGGCAGGCAUACUGGUCCAUCCAGGCAGGCAUACAAGUCCAUCCAGGCAGGCAUACUCAUCCAUCCAGGCAGGCAUACUGGUCCAUCCAGACAGGCAUACUGGUUCAUCCAGGCAGGCACACUGGUCCAUCCAGGCAGGCAUACUGGUCCAUCCAGGCAGGCAUACUGGUCCAUCCAGGCAGGCAUACUAGUCCAUCCAGGCAGGCAUACUGGUCCAUCAAGGCAGGCAUACUAGUCCAUCAAGGCAGGCAUACUGGUCCAUCCAGGCAGGCAUACUGGUCCAUCCAGGCAGGCAUACUUGUCCAUCCAGGCAGGCAUACUGGUCCAUCCAGGCAGGCAUACUGGUUCAUCCAGGCAGGCAUACUGCUCCAUCCAGGAAGGCAUACUGGUCCAUCCAGGCAGGCAUACUGGUCCAUCAAGGCAGGCAUACUGGUCCAUCCAGGUAGGCAUACUGAUCCAUCCAGGCAAACAUACUAGUCCAUCCAGGCAGGCAUACUAGUCCAUCCAGGCAUGCAUACUAGUCCAUCCAGGCAGGCAUACUGAUCCAUGCAGGCAGGCACACUGAUCCAUCCAGGCAGGCAUACUGGUCCAUCCAGGCAGGCAUACUGGUCCAUCCAGGCAGGCAUACUGGUCCAUCUAGGCAGGCAUACUGGUCCAUCCAGGCAGGCAUACUGGUCCAUCCCGGCAGGCAUACUAGUCCAUCCAGGCAGGCAUACUGGUCCAUCCAGGCAGGCAUACUGGUCCAUCCAGGCAGGCAUACUGAUGCAUCCAGGCAGGCACACUGGUCCAUCCAGGUAGGCAUACUGUAAGCUCAUCAUUCAGACGUUCGUAUUUCACGCCUUGCCCCUACCCUUUGUGCUGCCAUCUGUUGAGCCUAAUUCAAUCAAACUGGACAGACUCAUCACAGGCAAGAUGUUCCCUCCUCUCACUCUCCCGCAGGCCUACGACCUUGGCGUGGUGCUAGCACCAACCAAACUCACUAUGUACCUAUUUGUCCCCAAUAAACCUAAGGCUUGCCUCCACCUAUUACUCUACCCACCAUGCUAUCAUUCCAAGUUACUACAAAAACUUACGAUUACAGUGGAGUUAAGCCUAGGAACAAGUGCAACCAUAAUAGACCACAUAUGGACCAAUAUACUAGCCCCCCUUAAAUCAGGGAUAAUCACAGAUAGCACUACAGACCACUACCCUACCUUCCUCCUGACAAACAUUAGUAAACCACCACUUGAAUACAACAAAGUCUCAUUUAGACUCCAUGACGAGGCCUCAGUAAGGAAGUUCACAGCUGACCUAGAGACUGUUGAUUGGCCUACAGAAUUCUCCAAGGCCAAUGGUAUUGAUGACUGGACAGACAUCUUUCUUAACAAAUUACUUAGACUAUACAACAAACAUUGUCCUAUAAAAACAAAACAGAUCACAAACAAACGGCUUGGUUGCUCAUGGCUAACCAGCACCAUUCUGAAAUCCAUUGACAAGAAACACCAAUAUGAAAAGCAAUAUAGACAGGGCUUAAUACACAAAGAUACUCUUAAACACUAUUCAUCAGCUCUAACCAAAGUAAUAAAAAAAGCCAAACAACUAUACUACUCCAGUAGAUUCACAGACACUAGAGGAGAUAUAAAAAAGACCUGGAAAACACUCUCUCAGAUUCUAGGGACCCACAAACUGAGAAAAACCAAGAAUAUUGUCCUAACUAAACCUAAUGAAACACCACUACAUCCCACUGACACAGCUAACAAAAUAAACGACUUCUUCUCAAACAUAGGAUCUAA